AUGGAUGUACUCGUAUCUACCAUAAGCAUACAGUACAGUGCAGCGCAUUUAAUUUCAGCGCUUUUUCGAAAGUCUGACUACAACCUUCUGCGUAACAUCUUCCUACAGAUAUUCAAGAGGAAUAAGUUUGACCUCUCUAUGAAACUUGACUGGGAGAAGACAGGAGAGUAUGGGAGUCUGUACAGCUGGAACACAUGCUCACUCCCACGAGUUACUUCGAAGGAUAACACGGUUGUUACACUCGAACAACUGCUGAAAAUUCCCAAAAAUUUGCCUGAAAUUACAGAAGAGAUGGCGAUGAGGACACAAGAGAAGGAGUGGUGUGCAACAAUUUCGUCCCAUGACGAUACACUUGAUGACAGCAAGAAAAGCCAACGAGAUUUAAAUACGGCUACGGAAUCGCAAGGUCCCUUGAAACCGACAAUGUCGUAUGAAAAUAUUAGAAAGCAGCAUGUCCCUCCCAGAUACUACUCUGCCGAGAAAGAUCGAGCGAAUAAAUCAAAAAAAGUGAUACUGUUGAAAUAUGAACCUUCACCGGAACUAAAGUUGGCAAGUACUGAAAAGAAAAUCAAAGAGGAAGCUGAAGGAGAGAGUGCAUUUAAAAAAGAGAACGCCGCACAGAAGAAGCAACCGAAUACCGGAAAGGAAACACCCAAGCAACUACAAAAGACACACGCUGAGAUCCAGUAA